GGAAGGAUCAAUUUGAAUAAGAAAGAGAAGUAAAGAGAGACGCAUCAGAUCCGAAAUAUCGUCCUGCCGAAUUUGAAUAGAGAUCCAUCGGAUCCUUUCUGGCUGUCGAGAUAAGGAAGGAUACCGCGCUUGCGUCCAAAGUGUCGCGUGUGAAGUAACGGUGUGUCCGUAGUUCUUCCGCGUUCUCGAGAGGAAAUAGGCGCUGGGCAAAGCCGUAGUUUCGAAAACGCGCUUCCGGCUUCGUCUCGAAUACAUCCAAAAAUAACGCGCGCAUAUGCAGUUUUUUCAAAUAACUUAUGCAAUUAUUUGUUUUUAUAUUUGAUUGGUUCGUUAUAAAUAAAAGGAAUACUUCACCCGAUUUUGUGAGUUAAUUCCGGAAACUUUCUUGGAGGAUCGGUGUGUAAUGAGAAAUCGAGUUUGAACUUUAAAGUGUCCUUCCCAAGGGAGGGAUGUUCUGAACUUGGUUGAACUAAUUAUAAACAGAAAAAGCCCUGGUGCAAGUGUGUUUUCAUUUUGUGUUUUAUGAGUGAAGCAACUUAGGACGAGCUUUUUCUCUUACGACCAUAGUUUUCCGCAUUCAAGGAAAUGUACCACAACGUGAUCUUCGCCUUUGUUGGCUUUCUUUUUCAAGGGUCCUCACAGGCCACGAUCAAGGUUGACCCGGCAACAUUGCCCACAUUUCUCACGUCCAGCCAAGUGUUCAGAGUCACCGACAAGGAUACUGUGGUUUUACCGUGCGAUGUCUCGAAUUUAGGAACCUAUGUUAGGGUUUGGAAAAAAGGUAACGCCGUUUUAUCAGCAGGGCCAGUAAAGGUUUCUCCUGAUCCAAGGAUAAACCUCAUUCAGGGCUACAGUCUUGAAAUUAAGGAGGCCAGUCCACAAGAUGCUGGAGAUUACGUAUGUCAGAUAGGAACUAUCGAACCAAGAGAAAUAACCCACACCGUUGAGAUACUCGUGCCACCUAGGAUUUUCUACGUUUCCUCGAAUGGCAGGGUAGAGGCAAAAAAAGGUUCUUCGGUAAGAUUAGAAUGUAAGGCUUCAGGAAAUCCAGUGCCAAAGAUCACUUGGUCGAGAAAAAACAACAUAUUGCCUGGAGGAGAACAAACAGCUGUCACGCCAUUCUUGAACUUGGAAAGCGUAGAUAGACAUCAGGCAGGAUUAUAUCUGUGUACAGCAAGUAAUGGUGUUGGUGAAGAUGUUACGCAGCAGAUUGUCCUCCAUGUUCUCUAUCCUCCAGAAAUUUCAGUGGAAAGUCCUAUUGUUCAUUCAGCUGAAGGGUUCGAGGCUCAGUUAGUGUGUAUUGUUCAUGGUGAAAGCCAACCAGAGGUUUUAUGGUACAGAGACACUAUGCAGCUCGAUACAACCGAAAGCAGAAUAAUGGAAUCACGUGGUUCGAGGCAUACACUAUUCAUUCGAAAAGUACAUAAAUCAGAUUUCGGAAAUUACACUUGUGUUGCUGACAAUCAAUUAGGAAAAACGAGAAAGAGCGUUCAACUCACAGGUAAACCAAAUGCUGCGAAAUUCAACAGUCCCUCAAGAGGCAGCUGGAAAGACAGUUACAACAUCAGCUGGGUGAUCCAGUCACUGAGUCCAAUCGAAGAAUACAAGUUAUUGUUCAGAAGGUUACCUGACUCGGUGACUACUUCCGAAGAUGGACAUCCACAGCCUGUUCAUCACCAGAGUCAGAAGAAACUCUUUUUCGGCAAAGAAAACAAGACUUACAAUGCAGUAAACUACAAUACAGCCACCUAUGGUCACGGACGACAGUACAUUGAUCGCAGAACAGAUUGGAGAGAUGUGAUUCUGCCUGCACCAACCCCUUCACAAUCCACGGGAGUCCAGACAAUGAAUUAUAUCAUACGUGGUUUAGAUCCUGGUCAGAACUAUGAGGCAAAAGUGCAGGCUAGGAAUAAAUUCGGAUGGAGCCCAUUCUCCGAAAGUUUCACAUUUCAAACUACAGAUCUGGAUAUGUCAUACCCCGAACGGCCUCAACUACCAAGAAAUGUUUACAAUGAGAACGAAAUCCGAGACAUGGGAAUAACAAUGUACUCAUCCUCAAGCAGAGUCGAUUUGUGUGCAUUCCUGUAUUUCUUCGGAAUCCUGCUCAAAAUCAUCACCUCAAUAUGAAUUUUGCGUUAUUCCUCAUGUUAAUUUCUCCCUUGCGAAUUCACUGGAUAGGUUGAACACACCAAAAAGUAUAUGUCUCUGCAUAAAAAUACUGCAGUAUAUGCGGUAAUUUUAUGCUUAACCUACACGGUGGCUAUCGGUGUUCUUAUUAGUUCAUAUGCGUGGGUGCUGACGAGGUAUUCGUUCGAAAAUUUCACAUAAUAAAAUUGAUGAGAAAUAUUACUUUCAAUCUGCGAAAUUGUCAAAUAUUUUUCUAUAUAAGUUCUUUAUCAGUUCGAUCAUUACCAUACUUAUUUCGCAUUAUCAUUAAAAAUUCAUCAGCAAUAAAAAAUUCAAUCUCACGGCAGCCCACAUUCGGUUUUCUGUUCGUAGGUAGCAGCUAGGUAUUCCAUAAUUUGUAUAAAACUGGUUCAUCCAAACUAGUUACUCAUGUGAUUAAAGCAAUUUGACUGUUUGAUGUUCUAGCUGAUACUGUGUAAUAUCCAAUUUCAUUUUCCAGUUGAUGGCUUUUCAAUGCCCAGAUUGAAAUAAUAUAUGUACCUAUUUAACUCAUCAUAUUGAUCAUGCAAUCUGAAUUAUUCGUCGUUGAGCAUUGAAGAGUCCAAUCAACUUCCGGAAGAAUAGUUUAUAUUUGACAGAUGUUAGGACACCGAGUAUGCAGAGUGACUUUAUUCGAGUGUGAUGGGAAGAAUACGCUUAAGUAUUAUCUAAAUUCGUCGAAUGAUGAAAGGAAGGUGUUUUAACAUUAUUUCGUUGCCCAUAAUGUUUUUGUCAAAGGGUCCAAAUAACCUCCAUUACUACAGUGUUAUUAUAAUGUUUUGAUCGUUCUUGUUUCUCAGCCAUCCUUUGAUAGAAUCGUAUUUUUUUUUCCUCCUCACGCAAUAUCUCUUAAUAUUUCGCAUCUUUCGAUAAAAACUUUUAUUAUUCACUUUUUUACAUAGAUACAUACACAUAAUAAGUAUCAUUAAUCAAUGUCAGUUAUGAAAGAAAAACUAAAACUUUUUAUCGUGGAAUUCGGAUAUAAUUCAAGAUGUUUGUCUGAGGAACAAGAAUGGCUUUCUUCGAUUAAAGACACCUCAAUCCCCGUAAACCUGCCACAUAUACGUACUCGUCUACAUGCUAACUUUAUGUAAAUAUAUAACAUGUAGUAAAAAAGCUUUGGGAAUAUUUCUAUAUCUAUUCUGUCCAACGGACACUACUGUAAAUAAAUAAAUGUAUUGAGAAUUAAGAGCAUUAAAAUUUCAAAAGAAAGAGAGGUCUAUGUUUGAUGUGUAUGGAAGUGAGAGAAAUGUAAUGGAUGGGACCUUGAAUGAAAAACUUCUGUAUUGGCUAGAAGAAAUUAUUUUUACUAUAUUACAAAUUUAAGCAGCUUAUAAGUGUCGUGAUACCAUAAAUGAUAAUCAUACCUAUUGUUUAAUGUUAGUUGAUUAUACCACCUGUUGUUGGUUUUCGAGACACCCUGUGAUUUUUUAUAUUCUUGUGUGCAUGUCUGAUUGACUUGCAUGCAACAUCAUCCUUGUACAUUCCAAUUAUUUUAAAAUCUAUAUAUCUCUUCAAAUUUUUUCCCCACAUUUGAUUUUCAUCGCAGUUCUGUGAACUUACUUUAGCUUGGCUUGUUUAAGAGCCGAUUGCACCGUUUGAGUCUGACGUCUCAAUGAUGAACCACUAAACACUUAAAUGCUCCAACGAUACAAUCGGCCCAUAAACAUUAAAAUCUUGAAAAUGCCCUGAACGUUAAUUUUAAGACAUUUCAAUGUUCUGACUGAAACUACCACUAUUCACUUCUGUUCCAAUUUUCUUUGAUGGCAUCAAGAUAUGUUGUAAUUAAGGCAAGAAGAAGAUUAUAUUAAUAAACCAUAUUUAUAUUGUA